UUGUGAUCGCACUGGCUUGAACCGAGUACCUGGACAAGGUCAGGCAGACGACCGGCAUCACUGUGUGCAGCCCGCUGCUCUGCUGUGAUCGUUAUCGUGUGGUUUUGCUGCUGACGAUGUGAGGUUAUGGAAGAUUUUUGUUCUAGUUUUGGGCGUUCUUAAGUUCAGAUCUGCGUUGCUGGAGGGAACGAAUCCCCAACCAAUGUGCACUCUUGGCCAGUUGGCAGCCAUGCAAGCUUGAACCAAAGGGGGACAGGAGAUGCAUUGAUGUUCACAGGCCAGAUGGAAAUUUGGGGCUUCUGACUGGCUUGGACAUUGCAGACAACCUCUGAUUCUCACUGUUCUUGGACAUUAGGACCAAUCUGCAGCGGACGUGAAAAGUUUUUUUUCUUCCAACGCAUCUAAAAAAAAAAAAAAAAUCCAGACUCCUGCAGAAGCAGAAAAAAACCCUUCUCCCAUUUGACCAAGCAGCCACUCGGAGCAGUCACGCACAUUGACAGAUCCGCCGCGUGACGCCACGCAGGAGCCACGUCGUUCAGGCGACAUGUGAAUGAAAUAAAAGAAGGAGAAGCAGAAGAGAAUUAAGGAAGAAAGUUGCGCGUUCUCGGUGCAGCGGCCAGCAUCCGAUGCGCGUCCCCGCCCCGGCGGAGGCUCGCCUGAGAUCCCGGGAAGAGGAGUUGGAGCCGCGCGAGUUAAAGUUGGGCCGAAGGGGGGGAUGAGAGGAUGCUGCGGAACCUUCCACGGUCCAAUUAACAGCGCCCGUGCGGAGACGACGUGUCCCUAAGUGAAGGAUGACUUGCAAAAUACUGAGCAUAUGCCUCUUGAUUCUGGCUUUUCAACACUGCUCAUCGCGAGAAUGUGUCGACCCACUGGUGUCCGGCCUCUACGCCUCCUCCUUUCUGGCCUCCUCCAGAUAUAACUUUCUGUACUCUGCCAAUUUUGCCAAAUUGUAUGGCAGCAGUGGCUGGUCCCCAUCCCCCAGGGACAGGCAGCCAUGGCUGCAGGUCGACCUGGGCAGGAAGUACCGACUGGUGGCCAUUGCCACCCAGGGGACCUUCAACUCCUACGACUGGGUCUCCAAGUACUCCCUGCUGUACGGGGACCGACCGGAUUCCUGGACACCAUACAUCAUGAAAGGAGGAAACUCUACGAUGCCGGGAAACUGGAAUUAUUAUCAGGUGAAGAGGAAUGUCUUCCAUUACGCCUUCACCGCUAAACACAUCCGUCUGCUGCCUCUGGCGUGGAACACGGAGGAUGGAGGGAAGAUCGGCGUGCGGCUGGAGCUCUUCGGCUGCCCUUAUGAUUCCUACGUGCUACAGUACAAUGGGGACGACUCUGUGAUCUACAUGUACCCCGGGACGAGGUCCCGCACGCUGCACGACCACAUCGCCAUAAACUUCAAGACUCUGGAGCAGGACGGUCUGCUGCUGCACAGCGAGGGGAUUCAGGGAGACCUCUUCACCCUGGAGCUGAAGAGAGGCCGCCUCUACCUGCACAUCAGCCUCGGGAGCAGUGUUGUGCACAGAGUAGAUGGUCGAACUACACUGACCGCCGGCAGCCUUCUCGAUAAUCUACACUGGCACUAUGUCACCGUCAAGCGUUACGGUAGACAGGUGAACUUCACCGUGGACAGUCAGACGGUGACAGCCGUCCUUGCUGGAGAGUUCAUCCACCUGGAUCUGGAUACAAAGCUGUAUGUAGGGGGCGUAAUAGAGAAAAACCUGCCUCACCUCCCUACCACGCCGAAUUUCCGGGGCUGCCUGGAGAACGUCUUCAUCAAUGACGUCAACAUCAUUGAUAAGGCCCAGAGAGAAGAAUCUGACAUCUACAUACCAAGAAAGAAAAAGAUGCACUACGCCUGCCGCGACAUCCUCCUCAAGCCGAUGACCUUCGCCGGGCCCAACAACUACCUGCAGGUGCCGGGCUUCUUCAGGAGGCCCCGCAUGUUCGUCAAGUUCAAGUUCCGCUCCUGGGACUACACGGGGCUGCUCAUGUUCACGCGCUUCGCCGAUGACCUCGGUGCCCUCGAGCUGGGUCUGAGCGAGGGACAGAUCAACGUCACCAUAUUCCAGCCGGGGAAGAAGAAGCUCCAGUUUGCCGCAGGAUACAGGCUAAAUGAUGGCUACUGGCAUACGGUGGAUUUGGCAGCCAGAGACAAUCUGAUGACCCUCACAAUCGACGAGGAGGAGGGCUCCCCGCUGAAGAUCACCAACCCUUUCACUAUUCGGACCGGGGACCGCUACUUUUUUGGAGGUUGUCCGAAAACCAAUAACACCAUAAGGAAGUGUGAGACCAAGCUGAACCGCUUCCACGGCUGCAUGCAGCACAUCUUCAUAGACAACGAACAGCUGGAUAUUGACAUUAUUUUGCAGCGGCAGUGGGGGCGCUACGCCGAGCUGCUGUUAGGAACGUGUGGCAUCACUGACAGAUGUACUCCAAAUCCAUGUGAGCACGAAGGCAGAUGCAUCCAGUCCUGGGAUGAUUUCAUCUGUCUUUGCGAGAACACGGGCUAUAAAGGAGAAGUGUGUCACAUGUCGGUUUAUAAAGAGUCAUGCGAGGCCUACAGACUCAGCGGCAAGUAUUGGUCUGGAAACUACACCAUCGACCCCGAUCUCAGUGGGCCUCUGAAACCGUUCGAGGUGUACUGCAAAAUGAAGUCUUAUAAAGCUUGGACGGUGAUUUUGAAUGACCGAGUGGACGGUACCAAGGUGACAGGGAGCUCAAUAAACCGGCCUUACAUAGGAGACGUCAACUACUGGAAUGCCUCCUGGGAUGAAGUCACUGCUCUGGCCAACAGCUCCAUGUACUGUGAGCAGUGGAUCGACUACUCCUGCUACAAGUCCCGUCUCCUCAACACCCCCAACGGUAGACCUUUCGGUUACUGGAUUGGUCGAAACAAUGUGAGUCACUAUUACUGGGGUGGGACGUACAGAGAGGUCCAAAAGUGUGGAUGUGCCAUCAACCAAACCUGCACGGACCCCAGGUUUCAAUGCAACUGUGACGCGGACUAUAGACAAUGGUACUCGGACAAGGGCUACCUGGACUGGAGAGACCACCUGCCUGUGAGGAGGGUGGUGGUCGGGGACACCAACAGGACCGGCUCAGAGGCCCAGUUCACCGUUGGGCCACUCCGCUGCCACGGCGACAGAAACAUCUGGAAUACCAUAGCCUUCACCAAGCCCACCUACAUCACCUUCCCCACCUUCAGGCCUGGGUCCAGCGCUGACAUCUCCUUCCACUUUAAAACCUACCGGGACCACGGGGUCUUCUUGGAGAACUCCGAUGAGCAGCUUCGCAACUUCAUACGGAUAGAGCUCAACACCACCCAGAACCUUGUAUUUCUAUUUAUGGUUGGCGAUGGCAUCAUCAAUGUGACCCUACACUCCCCUAUGCCACUCAAUGACAAUGAGUGGCACUUUGUCCAGGCUGAGCUUAAUGUGAAGCUGGCCAGGAUCAAGGUUGACUAUCAGCCCUGGGCUGUGAGACGUUUUCCCGGUCAGACCUUCGUCACCAUGAAGUUUUCUCAUCCUCUCUUAGUAGGUGCAGCCAACCGCACCCUGAGACCAUUCUUGGGGUGUCUUCGAGGGUUACGGAUGAACGGCGUUCCUCUGGAUCUCGAGGGAAAAGUAAACGAAGAACAGGGUAUAAGGAGGAACUGUACAGGGCAGUGUCUCAAUGCCACUAUACCGUGUCGAAACAGCGGCCAGUGCAUGGAGGGUUAUGCUUCCUACACUUGUGACUGCAACAACACAGCAUUCGAUGGGUUCUACUGCCAUAAAGACAUCGGAGCCUUCUUUGAGAUCGGUUCGUGGCUCAGGUACAACAUACGAAAGAGGCCCAUAUCGGACGAGGCGGCCUGGGCCAACUGGAUCGACCCGCACUUUGACAACUUCAGCCUCGGCUACAACGACACGGCGGACGACGUGGAGUUCAGUUUCAGCACCGUCCACACGCCGGCUGUGUUGCUCUACAUCAGCUCCUUCGUUCAGGACUACAUCGCGAUCAUCCUAAAGACCGACGGUAGUGUCGAUCUGAGGUACAAGCUGGGCCUCAUAACACACAAGUACCAGCUGACUCACCGAAACCUGGCAGAUGGAUACCCCCACUAUGUUAACAUCACCAGACACAACAGGACCAUCAAAACACAGGUGGAUUACAUGGAGCCCAUUGUGGAGAAAAUGACUUUAGUGGAAGACGCCAGGUUUGACUCUCCAAAGUCCAUGUUCCUCGGCAGAGUGAUGGAGGUUGGUGACAUCGACUAUGAGAUACAGAGGCACAACGCUCCGGGCUUCAUAGGCUGCAUAUCUGGGGUGAGAUACAACGUCUACGCCCCGUUAAAGGCCCUCUUCCGUCCGAAUGAAACCGACCCCCCAGUGACGACACAGGGCUACGUCUCCGAGUCCAACUGCGGCGCCUUCCCUCCCGUCCUGGGUUAUGUACCAUGGGAGGUGGACCCCUGGUUUACCAGCAUAGAGUAUUUCUAUAUCCACGAUGACCUAGGCCUGUUUUGGAUAACGGUCAUUGUGAUCCUGGCGCUGCUGCUGCUCUUCGGAGGCCUGUACAGCAUCUACGUCUACGCGUACCAGCAGAAGGGCAGCUACCUCACCAAUGAACCCAAGAACCUGGAGUCGCCCAGCAGCUCCCGGCCGCUGACCGAAACCCUGAGGAGGGAGAAGAAGAACCUCCCCGAAAUCGAGGAGGAGUUCAGGAGUGACUAGCAUCACGGGACCUGUGGGGGCAGUGG